CAGUAAAUAAGUUAUUUGUUAUGGCCUGACAAUUCUCUUUGCAGGCUACUCAAAUCAUAGCAAGUUGCUCAUGCAUUUUUGCAACUCAUCCACAGCACCAUUGAAUGUGGCCUGCUGCCUUGCUCUUUAGUAUUUUUUCUUUGUGUGCAGGCUGUGGGAAGAGCUUGUGUUUUCAGUUCCCGCCUGUUUACACUGGUGGAAUUGGAAUCGUCAUCGCUCCUCUAAUCUCUCUGAUGGAGGACCAAGUGCUGCAGCUUCAGCAUCACGUUGGUAGCAGUGGAUGAGGCUCAUUGCAUCUCUCAAUGGGGACAUGACUUCCGGGGAGCGUACAGAAAACUGGGAUCAUUAAAGAGAGCACUUCUUAACAUAAGUACUGUAGAUGAGGUCCCUAUAGUAGCAUUAACUGCUACAGCAAGCCCUUUGAUCCGACAGGACAUAGUGAAUAGUCUGCACUUGGAUAACCCAUGGAUUAUGUGCACCAGCUUCAAUCGACCCAACCUGUUCCUGGAAGUCCAUCGCAAGUGUGGAAACAUCACACAAGAUCUUAAGCAGUUUCUUAUUAAACAGAAAUCAGAAAGGUGACUGAACAGGUCUCUGCUGAACUGUUAAAGCUUGGGAUAAACUGUGCCACCUACCAUGCUGGCAUGGGUAUCAAACCAAGAAGAGAAACUCAUCACAAGUUUAUGAGAGAUGAGAUUCAGUGUGUUGUGGCUACAGUUGCUUUUGGAAUGGGGAUAAACAAGGCAGACAUCCGGAAAGUCAUCUACUACGGAGCCCCCAAAGAAAUGGAGGCGUACUACCAGGAAAUUGGGAGAGCUGGGAGAGACAGAUUACUAAGUGCUUGUCAUGUAGUCUGGGCUUCAGGAGACAUGGCUUUGAACAGGCAACUCCUGAUUGGUGUUACAAGCGACAAGUUUCGGGGAUAUAAAAUGAAACUGACAGCAAAAAUGGAGUACCUCAGCUCGCCUAAAUGCAAAAGGAAAAACAUCUUGUCCCACUUUGAAGAUAAACAAUUAAGAAAAGCCAGCUCAGGCAUCAUGGGCACUGACAAAUGUUGUGACAAUUGCAGCUCCAGGCUGCUGCAUGACCCCAGUGCAAACGACGCUGAGUCUAAUCUGCAGGGUUUUGGGAAGGAAGCCUACCAACUGAUGUCUGCGGUUGCUGCUGUAGGAGAGAAGUUUUGCACUGCCGCCCCGGUCCUCUUCCUGAGUGGAUCUACAGGUUCCGUAAACUGCCCCUGUUUGGCUGUGGCAAGACCAUCCCUGAAAACUGGUGGAAAGCUCUGGAGCGGCAGCUCAUUACAGAGGGCUACAUGAAGGAAAACUCCAGACAAAACAAGUUUUCAAUCACCUGUGGCUUGGAUCAAAAGGGGAGGACGUGGCUCAGCAAGACAAAGGAUGAAUCACAUUGAACUCUUUUGCUUCAGCCGAACACAGAAUUGUGUGCAAGGUUUUUCACUGUGCCAAAACCUGAGCAGACAGGUGGCUAUUCGAGACCUGGUCCCUCAAGACAUAGAGUCCUACCUCACCAGUCUGACCAUCGCAUUACUGCAGAAGCAAAGUGGAAGUGUCCAACCAGGACAGCCAAGCACAGGCCAGUCAGCACCCAAACAAGGCCCCUCAGAUUCUAUCAGCCAGCAACAGAAGGGGACAGUAAAGGAAGAGGCGCUGACCUGGAUUGAAGCAGAGGAGAAACCUGUGAAGACAAGUGCACCGACAUCCUUGAUGACAAAGUGUCAGCCGGAGCAGGGUUAUACUGAUGAAAUAGAAGAUGACCUGCUUAGUGACAUGCCUAAGCCAGUAAGUCCGAGUUUUAGCCAGCCUGCCAAGAGAAAAUUACCAGAAUGGUUUAAUGCAUCUAAAGGAAGCAGCUCUUCAUAUACUGCCAACAAGAAAGCCAAAACAAAAAAAGGAUUGUUCGUGUAGAAUUGAGAAUCUUCUGGAACUCAGGAAGUUCUUAAUACUUUUGAGUACAAUUCCAGAAUCUGGGAUCAGUCUUCACUUGAGUAAUACAAUAACAGUAUUCAUAAUUUGUAUGUACAAAACAUUGCAUGUGUCAGAUUUCUGUAUCUAACAAAGAUAGCAUUUUAUUUAAUUACUUUAUUAAUAUACAGUGUAUGUAUAUAAAUGCGUUUCUAAACUGGUACCUUUUUAGUUUUUAUGUAUGGUCAAUAAAAAAAUAAAUGUUAAUUGUAAAUUAAAUGUCAGAUUUUUAAAUUUCACUGAUCUAGGUCAGGUUGUAUGUACAUUUCUAAUUAUAUGACACUUUUGUGAGAUUAAAAAAAACUAUCUUAAAAUAACAGGACAUGGUGGUUUCACUAAACCAAACAUUACAGAUGGUCCCAUUCGCUGCACAGCACAGCAAACCUCACCCUAAAUGCCUGAAAUAAGACUAAAAAGCAGCACAU